AUGAUAAAACCGUGAUGAAUUUUUUCCACGCUAGUUUUGCUUGUUAUGAAUAUUAGAAAUGUUAACACUUAUACCAUUGGUGCAACAUUUUUUGGUGGAGGGGAGAAAAUUCCGCAGUGUGAUUCUCCUGAUGUUGUGACACCGGGACGUGCUCCGGAAUACGUGCAGCGGGACCGGGAGUAUCUUGGACGCCACACGCGCGCCUCCUGCCGGUGAUGAACGGCGACUACGAGGUCCUGGUCGCCGGCCCGCGCAGGUCCGCACAGGUCCUUGUCACGGUAGCGAGCGCGCUGUUCGCGGCGGCCCUGCUGGCUGCACACGCGCUGAGGUCGUGCUGGAGGGCGUGCCGACUCCGCCCCCAGGGAGUGGCUGCCCCGCCUCCAGAUGACGAUCGGUGGGCCUGCGACCGCGACCUGGACGUGAUGUACACGCGGGAGCGAGUGGUGACGCUGCAGCGCGUGCCGUGGGACGGGGACUCGCUGUUCGCCGCCGCAGCACUGCAGCUGUGGCGCAACUCCCGAGUGGGGGAGAUGGGAGGGCGAGUGGCGCGCCUGCGCAAGAGAACAGUCCGCCAGCUACGGGCGCACCUCCCUCGCUACAGAGACUUGCUGCUGGAGACGGUGGCCCAGCGUGCCGACAGAGGAGAAGAGGUCACUCCGGAGGUGGGUGACGGCCGCAGGUACGGCGCCCUGCCCACGGAGGACGAGCGGGUCUGCAGCUACCUGCGGGACCUGGCGUGCCCCGGGUGCUGGCCAGGGCUGGAGUCGGUGGCGGCGCUGGCCGACGCGCUGGGCGUCGCGGUGACCGUGUUCGUGGAGCGCCAGGGCGAGCAGACGCUGCCCGAGGACCUGGACGACGUGGCGGAGGAGCUGCAGCUGGCCAUGCAGCCGGUGCGCACCAAGGAGGGACACCUGGUGGCCCACUUCGACAGCGUGGUGCGCGCCGAGCCCUUGCCCGGCUGCCCCUGAGGGCCCGACCCCGUGCACGCCCUUCGCACUCAGAUCCGUGUACACCUCUUGGAACUUCAAUUCAUUCACAUGUCGCAAACACCGUGCUGUAUUAAACAUUAUACAUGGAUCAA